AUGAAAGCAGAUACCGAAUCUACUCAAACUUUAUAUAAUAAAGCAUUUUAUGUCUGGCAUGAGGAAUUUCUUAAAAAUUCAGAUAAGACAGUAAAUACGUCACCUCAGCCAUUGGCAUUCAUUUGCAAUGUAAACAUUGUUGACCUUUCGUCUAGUGAGACCUUUGCUGGAUUUAUUACUGACCAGGGAUACUUGUAUUGUUGGCCAUGGCCAGGAACCAUAACUGGAAGAAAUGAUAUUAAGAUUAACCCUAUUGCAAUAACAUCUGUUGAUGAAUAUGUUCGUAGCUUAUCGUGCGGUUAUAACCAUAUUUCAUGUACAACUGAAAACAAUAACUUAUAUAUUUGGAUCUUUAGUCCUGAAAGCAUUAAAUACAAUGAACUAAAUCCUAAAUCACUUGCAAACCCAAAAACUUUAUGUAAUUGGGAGUUCCCCAUUGAAAAAAUAAAGAGUGGGACAAACCAUGUUUUGGUAUUGCUCUCAAACAAUGAUCUCUAUUGUGUCAAAUUGCCCGAAUACUCAGAGUUUAAAGAAAUUUUUGAUUCUGAAAUAGAAGUUACUAAAGUGAAUAUUCCGGAGAAAAUUAUUGAAAUACAGGCAGGAAAAAACCUCUCUUUAUGCUUAUGUGAAAACAACACUGUUCACUAUUGGUUUUUAAAUAGUGAGGAUGGCUCUCAUUCUGCUAUAAAUCAAAGUUUUACCCAAAAAAUCGAAACCGAUACAAUAUGUCAAAGCCACACUUGUAUUAAUGAAAAAUGCAACUUUAAAAUCGUUACUGCUUCUGUCAUGAAUGAUAUGUCUGCAUUGGGAAUCAUAUUUGACUGUGAAAUUGAGCAAUCAAACGAUUCGAGUAAUUUGAAUUACUUCUCACACAUAUUUAUUUAUAACUUCAAUGAAAAAACUAUUUCAAUGGCUAAAUAUUCUGAUAAUUACAAUUUUUUUAAAUCUUUUCAUUGGUUAUUUGGCCAUAUAUGUGCAGUAUUUUCAGAUGAUACCAUUUGGUUUAGAGAUAAAACCCAGAUUAAUGAGGAAAAAAAUGACAUUAUAAUUCGUCCUAAAGGCGACACAAAGUUAUUUUUUGCAAGUGCAAAUGGAAGAUGUCUAAUUAUAAAUAUUUUACAAAAUAUGUUUGAUAAUAGUCCGACUAGUGAUGCAGGAGAACCUGAAAAAGCCAUUAUUGAAACAGGAAAUGUGGCAGAAAUAAGAGGCGAUAAUAAGAUUGAAUGUUUAGCUGAAGCUCUUAAUGAUGAAAAUAAUACUUUUGCUGAGAACCUGAUUGUAUGCAAUAAAGUUGGUGAAGACAUUAAUCUAAACACUAAUAAAUCAACAUCUAUGAAAACCAUUAGCUCUCCAGAAAUAUCUAAUAGUAUUUUCCCUAGUAACACAACAUUUGAAGCAAGCGAUCGGGAUGGAGAUCAUAUUCAUAAUGAAUCUAGAGAAUAUGCUAUUCUUGAGGAUUUAAAAGCCAACGAUGCUCAGCCAUCUUAUCAGAAACCAACAAUCUCUUCAAUAAUUACUAAAAAGCCUCAAAAACACGCAUUUUUACGUAAAGGUGAAGGAAAGAUGAAAGCUUUGAAGACUACAAAUUCAGAAAAAUCUGAUUCAAAACUGCCAUCCAACUUUCUAAGCAAUAAGCUUGAAAGCAAUAGUACUAAUUCAAUGAGGUCAAAUUCCGUUAAUCUAGCUUUUAAUAAAAAGAAGCUGCAAGAAUAUGAAACUAGAAUUUUCAAUUUGGAAAGUGGAAAUCGAAGAAUGAUUGAUCUUUUGCAGGAAACUAAAAAAAGAUAUUUGGCCGAUGUAAAGGCUCUUUAUAAUCAACUAAAGGAGAAAAGUGAUGAAAAAUUUCCACUCAAAUCAGUAGUUGAACAAUUACAAAAAGAGUUAUUCAUUGAGAGAGAAGAAAAAUCAAAGCUUAAAGAGGACUAUGAGUCGGUGAAGUCACGACUUCAAAAUGAAAUCUGUAACAAAAACAUUAAAAAGGAUUUAUUGAAUACUCAGCUAGUCAUUGAGAGAGAUCGUCUAUUAAAAGAAAAGAAAGACAUUGAAGACCUUUAUCAAGAACUUAAUACUAAGAGCGUGAAUUUAGAAAUUCUUGUAGCUGAACUGAGCUCUAAAUAUAAUCAAUUACAAAAAGAGCAUGAGAAAUUAACAAAUAAGUACAGUGAAAUUGAUCAAAUUCAUACUUCAACUGUUAAUCAAUUAUCCAAAUCGGAGCUGGAGUUAUACGAGCUAAAAAAAGAAUUCGAAUUGAACAAAGCGAAUAAAAAUACAUCUGUAAAUGAAUUGUAUGAAUAUAUAGAUGAGCUAGAGAAUAGUUUAAAAGACAUUAAAGCAAAAAAUGAAGCUUUGUCAAAAAAAACUAAUAACCUGGAAUUACCAAAUUUAACAAGCCAAAAUACUAAGCAAGAAAGUGAAAUUAAAAAUAUAAAAGAAUACCUUAUGAAUAGAAUUAAAAUUUUAAAAGAAAAUAAAUACAAUGAACUAAAACGUCAUGAAUCAACCAAAUUUAAUUCUGAGAUUUGUAUUAUGAUGGAUGAUAUAUUUUGCACCUUUAUUGAAAAAAUUAACGACUCACAAGAAAAGAACAAUUUACUGAAAAAGAAAGUUAACAUUUUAGAGAAAUGUAUCAAAAUGAGAAAAGAUGACGUAAAUAUAUUAGUAGAAAACAAAAAUUAG